AUGGUCUGAACACGAUUAGACUACAAAUAUUGGAUCGUCAAUGUUUUAUCACGUGACAUUCGCGGCGCGUUGAUGCAAAUUUCGGCAUCGCGUUACCCGGAGCUCGGAGUCUGUUGUAUGUUACUUUCUUGCUUGGAAGUUUACAAACAAUUUUUUGAAUGGAAUUUAAUUAAAUAUUUGUCCCUUCAAAAAUGCCACGGCCUUUACAAAGUGAAAGACAGAAUGCGACGCCCGCUAGUACAAGUAAACGAAAAAAAGAUACACCUCGCAAGCGGCAAGGGGCAACGUUUGGAACACCAGCUGGAGCUGCACGACCAGCGGGGAGUAGCGGGCGAGAGUUGGGACAAACACCGCUGUCAUCAGGAAAGAGACAUGGAACAAGACGUUUUAGACCGGGGACUCGAGCUCUGAUGGAAAUCAGAAAAUAUCAAAAGACUACUCAUCUCCUGCUCAGGAAGCUUCCCUUUGCUCGAGUGGUAAAGGAAAUUUGUCAGAUCUUAAACCCAUCCUCCGAACUUCGCUGGCAAGCUGCAGGAAUUAUGGCAUUACAAGAGGCAGCAGAAGCGUUCCUUGUCCAUCUCUUUGAAGACUCGAACCUUUGUGCUAUCCACGCCAAGCGAGUCACCGUCAUGCCAAAGGACAUGCAGCUUGCUCGACGGAUACGCGGGAGAACAGACGGACUUGGGUAGUACAUUGUAGGAAUCUUGAUUGUACAAUAUUAUUGACGUUUGAUGGACGGUGAUCCUCUUUUAAACCUAUUGCUUCAUCAAGUUCCAAUGGCCAUCAAAACAUUGGUAUAUAGGCCUGUAUUCUGAAGUCUUGGUUGUUGAAAGGUCAUGGUUUAAAAUUAUAGGAAGCUGUUAUGUUUAUAUUUUAUGAUUCUUGUGUUCACUGUGCUCUGUCUCCAUGCUUUAAUGGUGUGUUGAUGAUCAUUCCCAGAUAUUUAUGAAAUGAAUUUGACCAUUCAAAUGUGUUGAGAAAUUGAUUCUGUACUGUUACAAGUUUGUGUCGAAAAUGGUAUCCAUAUGAAAACCUCAAAUUAGGACCUGGUUUAUCACCCCCGGGUUCAGAAUAUGGGCCUUGGUGUCUUAUGAUUAAAUUCUCUUUGAAAGCAGGAGAGCUUUGAAUGGUAUGAUUUUAAUCUGGCUUUUAAAAAAAGAGAGAUGUGUUUGGAAUAAUUGACUCUCAUGCAAUAUUGAAAGGAGAAGUACAUUCUUGACAAGUGAUCAUUAGGAUUUUACAAUUACAAUUUUACAUACUGUAUGUUGAAAGUACAUGUAGGAAGGUACAUGUGUUCCCCAUUAUUGACAGGGGGGGGGGGUGGUUGAAUACAGAUAUAUCUGGUUGUGCCACUAAACCUGUACCCACUUCAUAUUGACAGAAAACGGUCCCCUUUAUUGGAGGAUUUUUAAAUCUAAAAUAAUGCCCUAUUUUGAAUUUAAAAGGGUAAAAAUAUCUGCUACUAAUUGUGAAAUGUCAGAAUCAUACUCCUGAUUUGUUAUGUUAUUUUUCUCCACAAUUCCAUCAGAGUGAUACGUUGCAUUUCCAUACACGACCCUAUAACAGGUUAAUCUUUCUCCCAUAAGGGGAUAAAUACAUGUACAUUGUAGCAUAAAUGCAUUUUGCAUCACUUUUGGUUCAAAAUUCACCAUUGCAGACACUUCAAUAAUUUUGGCCUAAUUCAGAAGUUUUGUAUAAUUUCAUUGAAUGAUUCUGGGUGUAAAUCCUAAAAAAAAGUUUUGCGUGUUACCCAAAAAGCCACUGCAAGAAAUUGUGUUUUCUAUAGAUUGUCCUGGUAUACAGAAAGGAAAGCGAUAUUUCAAGAGAGUUUUAUGAAUAGUAUAUACAGUACUGAGUAAUUCAAAUGAACCUACAUGUAUAUAAUGAAUUCAUUUUAAAAGAGGAUCACUAUCACUAUUGUAGAUAAAAAUGUAUAUUUUAAUAGUUUAAUACAAUCCUUGUGAAGUUUGAAUAUUGAGACAAUUUUUGCAUCUCACUUUGUUCUUCCAUUUAGUCUAUUUGAGAGUACUGUAAUCUUAUCACAGUUAUCUUGUUUCAUCUUUUUUUUUCCAAGUCUAAUCUGCAUUGUCUCGUUAGGCUAUGGGAGUCGUACUCCUGCAAAAGAAACAUUUCACGAUUGUUGCAAGAAAAAAUAAUAAUCGGCAACCCUGAAACUAUUAGGCAAAUACAGGUAUUCAAUUGCAAAAUGGAGAUUGAUUGAUGUUUUAUUUUGUCUUCCAAUUUUUAAUAGAAGUUCAACCAAUUUUAAGUGGAUAUAUUUAUGCAUUCAUUGAU